AUGGCCAAGUGGACGUUCCUCACCGCGCUCGCGUCCUCGGCUCUCUCGCUCCAUGCGUCGGUGGCCCAGACGCCGUGCGCCAACACGGACCCGUUCGAGAUUUACGAGACGACGCCGUGCGGCAACAACCCGACGCCGGCACCCGCGACGACGACCCUCACGUUCUGCGCCUACAACCGCCAAGCGCUCUCCGAGUACAACGGCGACAUCUUCACGGACGUGGUGCGCACCAACAAGAACGAGCAAUUUGUCUACAGCCCGUCGGCCAUGACGCUCGUGUCCGAGUCGAACGGCCAGUGCCUCGAUGCGUACCUUGACGGCAACGGCGCGUACCAGCUGCACACGUACCAGUGCAUGGAGGGCAACGGCAACCAAAAGUGGGUCUACAACACCAACGCGCGCCGCAUCGAGCACGGCACGCACCAAGGUCUCUGCGUCGUCGGUGGCUCCGCGGGUACCAAGGCGCGCGUCGAGCCGUGCAGCCAGAGCCUCCUCCAAUACUUUAGCGACUGCAAGGGCUCGUCCAGUGUCAGCGUCCACCUUCAGACGUGCUACACUGACUCGUGGCUCUCCGAGUACGACACGGGCCUCUACGCCGACAAGCUCCGCAACAAUGCCAACGAGAACUUUGCGUACGACCCCGUCGCGCAGACCCUCCAAGUCGGCAGCAACGGCCAGUGCCUUGACGCCUUCUCGACGGGCGACGGCAAGUUUGGCCUUCACACGUACGCGUGCGACGCAAAGAACUCGAACCAAAAGUGGAUCCUCCAAGACAAACUGGUCAAGCACGCGACGUUCAACAACCUCUGCCUCGAUGCCGACCCGACCGACAACAGCCACAAGGCGCAGGUCUGGGACUGCACGGCGUACAACAAGAACCAGUGCUGGAACAUUUUGCGUGUCUAA